AUGCUUAGAUUCCGUAUGGCCUUAUCACAGUUCACCGGGGGGCUAUAUAAAGGAGAAAUACACAAUCCACUCUAUGGAUCAAAAAUAAAAUUAAAGCAAACAAUCUGUGCAUUCACACCAUCGCAAUUCUAUCUGGAAGGUGGGAUAAGGAAGAAUAUUGAUAAGUAUUUUGAGGGUAAAUUAUCUACAAAAUUAUCUGUUAAGGAGAGGUUGGAUCUUUGUUUACAAAUCGGAAGUGAAUGUAUCAAACCAGAGGAAUUAGAAACUGCACUAUUAAGCAACAAAUUGUUGAUCUCCUACGAUGGGUUCGAGCCUUCUGGCAGAAUGCACAUAGCUCAGGGAUUCAUGAAAGUAUUUAACACAAACACCUUAGCUGCCUGUGGCAUAGGCUCCGUUAUGUGGAUAGCUGACUAUUAUGCCAUGUUGAACAAUAAGUUGAAUGGUAAUUUGACAAAGAUACGUAUAGUUGGCGAAUACUUUAUCCACGUCUGGAAGGCGGCUGGAAUGGACACAAAAUUUGUCAAAUUUCUAUGGGCCAGUGAAGAAAUUGAAAGGUACAAUACUAACUAUUGGAAUCUUGUUAUGGAUAUAAGCUGUAGCUUCAACAUCUCUAGGAUUAAACGCUGCAGCCAGGCUCUUGGGAGAGUCGAAGGGGAUGAUCAACCACUGGCGCAGCUCAUGUACUCUGCUAUGCAGUGUGCAGAUAUUUUGUAUAUUGGAGCAGAUAUUUGUCAAUUAGGGGUGGAUCAAAGGAAAAUAAAUAUGUUGGCAAGGGAAUACGUGGAACAAAAGAAGCUGCCGGUUAGUCCCAUAAUAAUUUCUCAUGAAAUGCUCCCGGGCUUAAUUGAAGGUCAGGCUAAAAUGUCUAAGAGCUGCGCUGAUUCUGCUAUCUUUAUGGAAGAUAGUGAGGAGCAGGUUAAAUCGAAGAUUAAAAAGGCAUUUUGCCCUCCCUGUGUGGCAGAUAGUAACCCGUGUUUGGCAUAUUUCAAACAAAUUGUAUUUCCCAAAUACCAAACCAUAACUGUUACCCGUGCCCGGGAUAAUGGAGGCGAUAUCACCUUUAAUAGCUACAGAGAAAUGGAAAGAAUAUAUAUUGAGGGCAAAUUGCAUCCGAUGGAUCUUAAGAAUUCGUUAAGCACAUAUCUGAACCAGAUGCUGCAGCCUGUACGGGAUUAUUUUAAGACAAAUGCAGAGGCAAGUAAAUUAGUUGAGAUUAUUAAUUCAUGGAAGUGA